UGCUUAUAGACAAAAGAACGACUGGUGACUUAUGAACUAUGCCCAAGGCUGCCCGAAAAAAGAACAAUGCAAGCAGUGGCAGUCCUUAUGCAGGACAGGCUGCGAAGCCUAAAUUGGGCAACAGCAUCUUUAAGAUGAACACCGAUCUUGGCCAGCACAUCCUUAAGAAUCCUGGCGUUGCAGAUGCUAUAGUCACCAAGGCGAACCUGAAUCAAUCGGACGUAGUCCUCGAAGUCGGUCCCGGCUCUGGUAAUCUUACUGUUCGCAUACUAGAGAAGGCAAAGAAAUGCAUAGCGGUCGAACUAGAUCCGCGUAUGGCUGCUGAACUGAGUAAACGUGUCAUGGGUACGCCUCAGCAGAAGAGACUGGAAGUGUUGCUUGGCGAUGUCAUCAAAAUGCAGCAACUGCCAUAUUUCGAUGUGUGCAUAUCGAAUACGCCCUACCAAAUAUCGAGUCCGCUCGUCUUCAAGCUUUUGGCGCAGAAUCCCGCUCCGAGAGUGUGCAUACUUAUGUUUCAGAGGGAAUUUGCGAUGCGUCUAUUCGCAAAACCAGGCGACAAGCUGUACUCUCGAUUGAGUGUCAAUGCGCAAAUGUGGGCAAAGAUAGACCACAUCAUGAAAGUUGGCCGUAACAAUUUCAAUCCACCUCCACAAGUUGAAUCUAGCGUUGUCCGUAUAGCACCAAUCGUACCUAGACCAGCGAUAAGCUACGAGGAGUGGGAUGGACUGCUGCGGAUAUGUUUUGUUCGCAAAAAUAAGACUCUUAGCAGUAGUUUUAUAGGCACAAGUUCGGUCAUGGACUUGAUCGAGCGAAAUUAUAGAACUUGGUGCGCGCAAAACGACGUGGUAUUGGAUGACGGUCCGAUUGAGGAGGGCGAGGAGAUGAUGGAUGUUGAAGAGCAACAAGAGGAUGAGUGGCCCGGCAUCAUGGAUAUGGAUGAUGAGGAUGAUCUGCCCGAUUUUUUCAAGGAAGAAAUGGCCAGGAGGAUCGAUGAAAACAAAGAGAGAGAGCUCAAACGAAAAAAGAAAGGCAAAGUUUCUGAACUGGUCAGGAAAAAGGUGAAGAAGGUUCUUGAAAGCACUGGAUUGGCGAAUACGAGAGCAAGAAUGUGUGACCAAAACGAUUUCUUAAGGUUACUUGAAGGAUUCAACGAAGAGGGCAUACAUUUUGCAUGAUAUAUUCAGCGUUUCUCAUAUUCAUCAGUAUGGUGUUGGUGGUUAUUGGAAUUUGGCAUCGAAUCUAUAGUUUCAUCUGAAUGCCGUCAUUCAACACAGACUAAAGUUUGAAGAU